AUGGAAGAACUCCAUCUUCAUUUUGGGAACAUCACAGAAGUAGGUCUUGAAAAUGUUGGGCGCAGCUGCCCGGGUCUGAAAUCACUCACACAUAAUCGACAUACUGCACUCAUCAAUGUGGAUGAUCCAAAUUCCGAAGCACUUGCUAUCUCAAGAACUAUGCCUCAGUUGCGUCACCUGAGCCUUAUUGGGAAUUCCAUCACUAACACAGGUUUGCAAGCCAUUCUAGAUGCUUGCCCUCAUCUUGAAUCACUUGAUCUUAGGCAGUGUAAUAAAGUUGACCUGUCUGGUGAGUUGGGUAAAAAAUGUUCUUCUAUAAAGACAUUCCACCACCCCAAUGAGUUUAUCGCUGAAUUUGACUCUGAAUCCAAUGAGGGAGGUACAUUCUUCUUCUUUCUCGAUGACUCCUACUACUCCGACUUCCAACACGAUGAUAAUGAUCAUGGCAAUAACGAUGAUUUCAAUUAG